AUGUCCUCUCCGAAUUUGCCGGUCACUGUAGCCCCAACCCUCGAGGUUGCGAGGGAGGUCAUCGCGAAAUCUCGGAAUUCCGAAAACCCUCCCAACCUUCUCCCGUUGAUGACCUCGAUUCCGGCCGAGCUUCUAACUCCGACCUUAGCAUAUUUGAGAAUUGCCGCCAAGUCGAAAUUAUCGUUUUUGUAUGAGAGUGCCGCUACUACGGAGACAAUUGGGCGAUACAGUUUUAUCGGAGCAGACCCCAGGAAAAUUAUCAAAACCGGCGCUGGGCAUGGACCUGAAUGCGAUCCUCUACCCAUCCUCGAAAAAGAACUCGCACAAUUCCGGAGUGCAACGGUGCCCACCUUGAAAUUACCCCCCUUGACCGGAGGCGCCAUUGGCUACGUAGGAUAUGAUUGCAUUCGAUACUUCGAACCGACGACAGCCCGACCACUAAAAGAUGUUCUCGGUGUUCCGGAAUCUCUAUUCAUGCUUUUCGACACCAUAAUUGCAAUUGACCAUUUCUUCCAGGUCGUCAAGAUCAUCACAUAUAUUCCAACCCCCGACAACGAUGCAGAUCUCGAGGCUGCAUAUCGUAAGGGCCAGGCGUUACUGCAGGAAAAGAUUGAUAUCCUGACAGAUCCCCAUGUUCCGCUCCCACAACAAGGACCUAUUGUCCCGAACCAGGAAUAUACAUCAAAUAUUGGUCAGACAGGAUAUGAAAGCCACGUCACCAAGCUCAAGCAACAUAUUCAAGUCGGUGACAUAUUCCAAGCCGUGCCCUCACAGCGACUAGCUCGUCCGACAUCGCUCCAUCCUUUCAACAUAUUCAGACAUUUGCGGUCGGUCAAUCCGUCACCAUACCUGUUUUAUAUUGACUGUGAAGACUUUCAACUUGUGGGUGCCAGUCCAGAGCUUCUUGUCAAGGAAGAAAAGGGUCGAAUCAUCACUCAUCCCAUCGCGGGGACUGUCAAGAGAGGGCAAACCGCUGAGGAGGAUGAGGCCCUUGCAGCCGAGCUACGGGGAAGUCUCAAAGAUCGCGCCGAGCAUGUCAUGCUUGUGGAUUUGGCUCGAAACGACAUUAACCGCGUGUGCGACCCCAUGACCACACAAGUCGAUCGACUAAUGGUUGUUGAGAAAUUCUCGCAUGUCCAACAUCUCGUGUCUCAGGUGUCUGGCGUUCUUCGACCAGACAAGACACGCUUCGAUGCUUUCCGUUCCAUCUUCCCGGCAGGUACGGUCUCUGGCGCACCCAAAGUGCGCGCAAUGCAGUUGAUCGGCGAACUAGAAAAGGAGAAACGCGGUGUCUAUGCCGGCGCAGUAGGAUAUUUCGGAUACGACAAGGCCAGCAUCGAUGGCUCAGGUACGAUACCCGGUGAUAUGGAUACUUGUAUUGCGCUUCGGACGAUGCUUGUCAAGGACGGAGUGGCGUAUUUGCAGGCUGGAGGAGGUAUUGUGUUUGACUCCGACGAGUACGAUGAAUAUGUGGAGACGUUGAAUAAGCUGGGUGCGAAUAUUUCUUGUAUCAAGGGGGCAGAAGAGAUAUAUUUGCAGUUAGAGAAGGCAGUUGCUGCUCGUGGUAAUUAG